AUGGCUGCAUACCGACCAAAGAAAAUCGAACUCCAGACGACACAGCGCGCCAGUGACCUUCAAGAAAAAAAUAGUAAAGUCUCCGAAAGCCUUGUGACGCAGCAACGGCCAGCAACGCAGAACGACGCAAAGCAAACGAAGCCAAAUCCAGAUUGCGGCGACGGCAGCGGUGAGCAUAGCAAGGAACGCGAAAAAAAUCGUCCCGCCAUCGAAAGAAACCCGGCGAUCCUCGGUGCGCUCGAUUCCAUCCAUCGGUCGCUGCUGUUUAACAAUCUGAAGUUUGAUACCGGCAAAACACAAAACGCUUCACAUGUUGAACGUUCCUCUCAAGACAGCGACCAAGUGGAUGCGACUGUAAAGAAAUCGAACCACGACGACGUACGAGCGCCAACACUUGAAACGGAAAACACUCGAAUGCACCAAACUGUGGCAUCAUCCGCCGUGCAGCAAGCUGAGAAGGUAAAUAUUGUGCAUGCGAAGAUUGAUGCACGGCCAACGAAUGAGCCGGAAGAAGUGUGCCACCACCCAGGAAGCGUUUUAACUUCCGAGUACCAAAACUUGCAACGGUGCUCGGGCCAGGACUGGAAUAACAACGCAAGUAGUAACGGGGCUAUCGGCCGAGUGAAAACGAUGGUGAAGAGGCACGAGCAAGGCCGCAUGGUGGGCACCAGCGCUCACGAUGCCCACUGUGGCGCUGUGAAGGACGAGGGAAGAUUGUGUUCCGAUACGAGAGGCUGUGAGGUGGAGACGAGCGAUUUCGAUAGUGCCAGUGUAACGAGCGAUAGCAGCGCAGCGGAUAUCGGAGGCCGUAGUCAGCGCACGAGUUCCGCCUUUAGCGAAGGUAGCCGAGAUGUGGCCAGCAUCGAUCGGUUCGAUAUGGCGAUGGUUCAAACGAGCGGAGCCACUGAUGGUGCUGCGACCCAGGUGGACGCGGCUCGCCAUGCCACAACGAUUACCAUUAAUAUUAACUGUCGAUGUGAUACUAAUCCUCAAAGGAUGAGCAAAGCUGCAGUAGAGGCAAAGAGUAAAGCAAAUGUAGAUACAGCUCGCUGUGCGGGAGAAACCUCAGAGCCAACGAAUUUAGGACGAACAGAGUUCGGAUCAAAACCAUGUAGCAGCCAUAGGCCACCUCAUAGGGCAGACGAUGGAAAGCAAGCUUCCAACGAACACUCCAUUCCACAGACCGAUGGUUCCGAUGACACUGAGAGUGAGGAACUAAUGGAACUAGAACAACAGGAAGACGAAGGAUCAGCAGCUACAGGAGACUACGAACUAGAAGAUGAACUAGACCAACCUGGCAAAGCUUCUCACGAUGAUGUUGGGCAUGGUGCUAAAAAGAAGCAACACAAAGCACAUCGAGGAUCACUCGAUGCAUUCUGCCGCUCGCCGGAAGAUGACGAGUACCACGACUGCGACGAGCUUCACGAGUCAACGCUUUCGUUUUACGAGGAAGCCACGUCGCAGCCGGCCACACCGCCGGAAGGGAAGUCACGCUCACCUGACGACGGUGACAAACCGAUGAUCAGCAUCGUGCAAGAGCUCACCGAGGAUCGGGGCGAGGUCAUGUCGACGAUCACACUUAACAAGGCGCAGAUUAAGGAAAUGCAAAAAUUUAACAACACAAAGAAGAUAGAAGGGAGAAGAAGUGAGCCGCAGAUGAAGAAGAAACCUUCUGAAGAACAGCCAGAAAGAAGGCGAAAAUCGCACGGUAGUGAUAGCUGUAAAAAGCGGCACGACAAAGUGAACUUCAACCGUCAGCAACGAAUCAUUGACGAUAAUUUUUGCAACGAAAUCCUCGACUCGACGAUCCAUUUCGAUCGCUUGUAUGGCAUCAAGCGGCCGCAGCAAGGGAAGCCUGUGGCGGAAGGGUCACUAUCUCCGGCCGAGUCAGUAGCAUCGCCAGCGAGGGAGGAAUGUUUUAGCGAUUCCGCGCUCUGUGGAGUCGCUUCUCCCGGCGAGGAGUCGUUCGAUUCGAGCAUGUCGUUGGGGAAACUAGAAAGUAAGCCACGGUAUUCCGGUAAAACGGUCGGUCGGUUGAUGGUGGCACGCUUGAAAAAACUACAACAGGUGUCCUUGAAACCGACAAGAACGGGAACGUCCCAUCCGCCCGCGAUGGAUAGUUCCGAUGCAUCAACGAAUUCGUCAAUGUUACUGCUACAUACGAGUGGACCGAAAAAACCUCCCCGAACAUUUGCCAACUCUCCGAAACGCUCCGUUGUCCGUGGGAAGCACGAAGCAUCAGCCGUGAAGCCCUCCUGUCCGACGCGUGAGGAGCUUGAUGUAAGUGAUCCUUCGAACCGCGGGAAGGACUCGCGACCCAAAUCGCAUCACAUCGGAUGGCGAAUGGCGGCCGAAAAUGAUAAAAUUCAAUCUAUUCCUGCGCAAGUUUACGAUAUGCUACACUAUUCGGAGGAUGAAACUCGAAAACGAUUAAUUAGAACCGGAAACUCGCGGGCAGCGCCACAGCAAUCAUCUUCUGGCGGGUCCAAACGCAGGCAGGAUGAGCUGCUCGGUCCUAAAUUGGAUAUCGAUACGGUUGAUGGUAGAAAGCCUGAACCACGGACACCCGACCGACGUCAUUCUUCGUCGACCGACUUCGAUCGUUUCGUCAGAGAAUCGAACGUCAAAAGUACCCCCCAUCGUCGUGAGGGGCAUAGUGAUCGGGGAAAGCCCGUUUCGGCAACUACUCGUCGCAUUUUGGAAGAAUUUCUCAACGAUGAGCGCUGUGCCGCCAAUCACGGCCAGCUUCCGAUAAAUGUCGGUGAACGGAGACGCCGUACGACGGGUAGCCUUUUCGAACGCCGACGACAGCAGCAGGAGAAUUUUUUAGACGAUGCCAGGCGCACGAACCAUGAACCUCGGCGUAAAUCGAGAAAGGGCGCCCGUCCACCGGCCACAGCACUCGACAGCGUCGAUUGUCCGGCUAUGCAGCGUGCUGCUAGUCGAAGUAGCAUUACCUCGGUGCCCAAAGCGGCCACAGCAAACGGAAAGAUAGUGAAAAGGAAAACAUUUCGCAAAGCGGCCCUGCUGAAACACACGCGUUCACUGUUCGAAGCGUCGAAGAAAAAGAUAUGGUCCGUGAAAAAGUGUGAGACGCCGAAAAAAGUAAACACCGGCUGUGGCGAUCCAGAUCCGAACAUUAAUCGAAACAGUUCGGCGAAGAAGAAGCAAAAUUUGCACCACAAACACCUCGGCUACACGCCUGAUAAUUUACGCUGCAAGUCGUGCUGCCGAGCCUCUGAUCUGGGUACGAAUGAGGAAUGUCGCGAAGCAGUUGUGUCACUGAAGCGAGUUUCCGACCAACAGUCGGUUCCUCGGGCAAAAGGGAACAAAGAAAAUCGAAGCCCGCCGGAUCCGGUCGACGAAGAAGAACGAUCAGGACGAGUGCAGCCAAAUCGGAAAUCAGUUCGCAGUUUAAACUUUGCCACACAGUGCCAACAGUCCCAACAGGUGCGUACGCCAUUAUCAGGGGAGUCCCGUGAUGAAGCACCGUCACCGUCCAAAACGAGCAAACAGUUGAGCGAGCCAGCAAAAUUUAUGAAAUCCUUGCGUAGUUUAAAAAUCUCUCCACGAAAGUAUUUCCGGUUUGGCUCGCAAACACAAAACUCUAACGAUCUUCAGGGUCCGACGUCGAAACGGGAAGCGACAGAUCACGCCCUAGGCGAAUUUCACUCGUUUGACGAUCUGAAUCUCGACAGUGUAGCCCACAUGGGAGACUUCCUUAACCAAAUUCGACAAAUCGUCGAACGGCAGGGAGGCCCGAACGAACGUGUGCACUGUAACCAAGUGGUGCACAGUUCGGUCGAUGCGCACGACUAUGCCGGAGAACCGAUCUACCAAGAGAUCACUCAGAAGGGCCACAAAACGAUUCUGAAUGAAUUUAUAAGCAGCGAAUCGAAUAAGCGCUACGUGAUGGUGAACAACGAUCCGAACAUACUGUACGCGACGGUGAACAAACCGGUCAAAAGCGGCCCUGGUCUAACGACGAGAGCAAGGUCUUUGACGGACGUUACAUCAACGGGUGUAGUGGAUCCGGUUGUUACUUUAACCCCGGUUAGUAAACCGCUUAACAACACUAGCAAAAGCCAGGGAAAACCAACUAACCGGCCGGCGGUCACAUUGUCCCCCAUGGGCGUCGAUCAUUAUGCGGACGAUGAGGACGAGAGCUACCUGUACAAAACGGCACUAACAGGCAGUCCCGGUUGCGCGGGAGGUCGACGAUCACUAACAACCACAUCUACCACUCGACGGUCACUGUUUAGUCCGGAGUCAUCUUUUUGCUCGUCAUCAGACGACAGCGAGGGCAGGCAAGCAUCUGAUGACAAUGAUAUCUCGGUUUUACAGGAAGAAGAUCAGCAGCAGGAAGCGGCAUUAGAAGAGGUACAGGAGUCGUUCAUCAUGCAAGAAAAGGCUGGAGAUCGGCAGGUCGCUCGUAGGGAAAACGAGCGUAUUCAGCAUAAACCAAACGACGACGAAGGGGUUGACGAGUGCGGGACAGGGCUGGAGAGCUGGAGGCGCGCGUUUGGGCAAGCGGGUCGAGAAGAGCAGCAGCAGGCAUUGGCAUUAGUAGCGGCACAAGAGUCGUUGAUCGUGCGGGAAAGGGCUGAGGAUCGGCAGGCCGUUUAUAGGGCAAACGAACGUAUUGCGCACAGACCGAACGACGACGAAGGGGUUGACGAGUGUGGGACAGGGCUGGAGAGCUGGAGGAGAGGGUUUGCUCAGGCGGCGAGCCGAGAUUGUUUUGCGUUCGAAAAGGACAUCAUCGUCGACUUGGAACCCGUCGGAAACACAGCAACACAUCGCAGUGUGGUGGGAGAUGUAGUUCCGGGAAAUUCCAAAGAGCUGGGUGCAUGGAAGCAUAAAGGGAAUGUGGCCCCGAUAGGAUGUUUCGACUCGGAUGGUGAGAUCGAGUCUCUUGAUCGUUAUCAGGAUAAAGAAGUUGUGGAACUGGUCAAUUCGUUGCACAAUAACGUUACCCUGUCCGACAUCGGGACCCUCGAAACGGGCAGCUCAGUGGCGCCCGAUUCGGAAGGUUACGAUACGGUCGACUUUGUGCUUCCCGCAUGCCGACGUCAGUUCGUUCCACAAGUCGAGUCCAGCUUGGGAGAUAUACCGAACAACGAUCCUCGUGACGUAACCGUCGACACGGUGGAUGCGUCAAAGCUGAUAAGCCACCCGAGCAACGACAAUAUGCGCUGCACGUCGACGGUUUCGCCGCUAACAGGUUCACCGUCGAGUGGCAAAACCUCAUCCUCCUCAUCUACUGGUGGAGCUGUGAUGCGCAACUUGAAGCAAAAGCUCCGGUCGUCCUUUCGGAAGAGUAAAAGUUUUAUCAAAACCGAACGCCAACGUAUUGCUAACUACAUUCGCGAAGAGCGAAGUGGUAGCAGUAAGAACUCCGCGUCGUCCUCUUUAUCUUCGUCCAGUUCGCCAACUCGACAGCAGCGUCGCCAGGAAGAAGAAACUGACGAAAUGUACCACUCGUUGGCCGACAGCGAACGGACUAGCAUGGUAGCGGGCUCGAUGAUGGAGCUGAGCAAUCAAUUUCUCGGCGAGCUGAUCACACAAAUCAAACAACAGGGCGAUGCCAGGAAGCAGCUUAAACAAGCCCUGGCCAUCUGCCGCACCACGCACGAGUUUGAGUGCUCUACUGAGUUGAUCGAAGCGGAGCGCUUGUUGCUUUUGGCCACACUGAAGGAGACAGCAGCUCGGAAUGAGCUCAGUAAGAUCGAUUACGCCACCAACGGGAUGACGGUGCCCGAUAGGAAGCGCGUAGGAAAAGUCGCCUUGAAUCAUUUCGAAUUCCCGCUCAAGGACACGGCGAUCGGUGACACACUGUUCAACUACUUCUACAUCGUGGUCUGUACGUACAAACAUGAGGUACGCGCGACGCUAGCACAGGAACGACGCACGGAUGGGAGGGUCUACUUUCGGGACUGUGAGAUUGUGUUCCGCGAUCUGGACGCCGACUAUGAAAUACGCGUCGAGGUGUUCGUGCUGCGAUUGAGGAAGAACGUUAAAAAUAUCAGCUUCGAAAACCGAUACCAUCUCGACAAGGAGUCGAAGCGUACUGCAACCUGUCCUUCGCCAUCAAAGUUCCGCCGAGCCGGCAAGAUGCUUUCGUUCCGCACAAGUUCACCGAAGAAUUUUGAUUUCGAUAAUGAGUUUUCACGCUUCAAAUCGCAAGGCUUCCUAACGCUUACCUCCUUCACGCUUGUUUCGUCAAACGUUGGAGAGGGCGACGAAAGGGCAGGCUCCCCACUGGGGCGAACGAUCGACGGAACUUACCUAACUGCGCUAAACAAUAAUUCCUCAACUGCAACGGCACUGCUCGACGAUGAUUCGCCCACCAGUCCAUAUUAUUCGGUUUCGAGCAACUUUCAAAAAAUGAUGCGUCGACAAGGAAAUCAGAAUGUGUUUUUGGUGGAGGACUUUAAGUAUCUGGCGCUCGACUCGAUGGCCUACACCUCGAACAUGUCCGGCACAAUCGGUAUGAGCGUUAAUAGCGAGGUGCGUUUUGAAGGUUCGGAUGUCCACGGGUUUCUCGAUGUUGGCGAGAAGGUGGAUGACAGCAUCAACUGGAACAGACGGUGGUGCAAGAUUAACAGAUUUACGUUAGAGUUUUGGAACUAUCCGCAGGAGUCUAACGAAAAGCAACCGAUUCAAUGCAUCGAUCUCGUGCGGUGCGUCAACGAUCGAAUCGAGCUGGCCGAUCGGAGCAUCUGUUCGCGGGCACGCACGAUGAAAGUCGACAUCUUUGCAGCACACAGCGCGGCCGGCGCUGCAGCAAGUUGCAACAGUAGUGGCAUCGGAAGCUAUAGGAGCACCGGUGGAACAAAUCCCAGUACCGGCACCGGCGUCGCCAGCAGCAUCGAUCAAGGCCGCAGUAACGUGACGUGUUAUCUACUGGCCGUCGACUCGCACUCGGAACUACGGCGCUGGAUGAACGAGUUGAAUCGUGUUGCAAAAUUUUUAAAAGAAUGGAAAAUUUAAUACCCCUCUCUAGCAAAAACAGUAAAUUGAUGCAGUCGUGUGAUGUGUGCAAUACUAGCGAUCAUCCAGCACACUAAUUUUUAACCUUCACACACCACUGCCAUUGGCAGCGAUAGUUUAGCGAUGGUUGCUAUUGGCCGAGCCGCGGCAAUAGUAACAAAAUUGGUAACCAGUAACUUGGAAGUGAAAACGCUGUGCCUUUUUUUAGUUAGAUUGACAGCCUAAACAAGAUUUCACUAGCAUGAGCUCUAGUUUAUACUUGCCCGUGGUGUGAUAACGUUCGCGCCUCUAUUUCAAAAGAAAUGUUAAGACUGUGCUCAAUUAGACGUCGGUGUCGCUGAAAAGACCCGCAAUAGUUAGUAAGCAUUACCUUUAGUUACUGUUUUUUUGUGUUAUUCUUUUCUUCAUAAUUUUUAGCGUAUCGGCCAGCACUGCUGUAAGCCCAAUAGAUGCUGGCCGUUAGGAGGGCGCGUGACGAGUUAAGACAAUAGCUAAAUUUUCAUGUCUUCGAUGAAAACAGAAUAUUCAUACGGGCUUCAAAAUUAGAUGUUAGUGAUGCAGACAAGGUAUUAGUAAUGAUUUGAUUCGUUUUUUCUUUCUAGCUCGAUCUCAUGCAUCUUAAUAUGCGGUCGUUUGUGUGGAGCAAAAAAUUAAAAACAAGUUGAGCUUAGUCACUAAAACGCUCAAACAAACUAUAAACCGUAACCGUAAGUUGAGUGGCGGCUCGACUGAGAGCGUGCCUGGGAACAAUUACUACAAAAGAAACGUAACAAGUCGCAUGUUUUAGAGCAGAUUAAUUUGUGGCCGGUUUUUAAACAGAAAUCGUAUCGCCUGAGAAAAAUAU